AUGUUGUCCCGUUGCAUCGCCGUGUUCCUUGGUGUCUCGCUGCUGGCACAGCGACUGACCCUGGCUGCUCCGAUGUACAAUCAAUUUUGGGAAUCAGCUUCCAACCCACGUCUGGCGUCUCCGGAAGAGAUGCUUACCUCGUCGCACCAACCUUCCUCGUCUGAAGGCACUCUGUCACUCGAUGAUCUCGACUUCGUCAACAAUGUUCUGGUGGAUCCGCAAUCAGCUCAACAUCAAAAUGACUUGCGAGCCAACACAGCCCUGGUGGAUACUUACUACACUCAACAUCAAAAGGCCUCGCAAGUGCUGAAGGCGCUGCGGCAAAUCCCACAAGUCGGACCCAAAAGACCUAAAGGAUUCGAGGGAAUAUCAAAUUUCGCAGCGGCGCCAGUUCCUGCAGAAAGAGUCGAGGUGCAGAAGCUUAUCAAUUCUGGAUUCUUUCAGGAGACUAUCACCUUCGUGCCUGGCUAUGGGAACUCUCUUCCUGACCGUCACAGCAUGCGAGACAAAUCUCCUCUGCGUCGUUAUAGUCGACGUCUUCCGCCAUUAGAGAUCGUUGGUCCCGGUGGAGCAAAGAAGACGUAUGACUUGUAUGUGACGGAGCACGAGGCUAUGUCAAAGGGUGCAGGUCCACAUCAGUAUCGAAACUACCUCAUGUUCUGGUCCCAAGCUAGGGACGUCAAGGGCGUGAAACACGUACUGUAUCUGGGGACAGGUUAUAUGGACGCGCUGGCGGGUGUCGGCGGUGCGCUCGCUAGAGGUUCAAGUGUUCGCUUUUAG